AUGUCAUCGGUAUCGAUUGUGGGGCCGAAGCUGCAGCGACGUGGCUACCUGCGUGCUCGCCAAGCGCACAUGGCCGAGCUGGAGCGACCGAAGGUGCGGACAGUAUCUGGCAAAGAGAGCGAUAGUAUCAAGAGUGUGGGUAUGUGCGUCUUCAAUCCGAUCGGUAUUCGCGUCCCAGAAGAUCGACAGUGCGCGCAGUCGCGGCCACGCGGUAGCAAUCGCGAGAACGUCGGUAUCCUGCCAUGCUAUAACUUCCCCUCUCAAGUGUAUGUCCACAUCCUCGAGCGUAUCUAUGUCCAAAAGAGGCCCGAUUGCCCCCGAAAACCUCGUGGGAUGAAGGUCGUGUCUGCUCACACAUGGGAAGAGCUCGAGGGUGGGAGAUGCUAUGCCAGGUACACCAUCAUUCGCCGUAUUGAGAUGGAGUUCUGCGAGACAAGGCGUUCGAGAUGCUCGAAUGACGCCACCAUCCGCAAUAAUACUGAAUUUGGACGCGGUUCGGACCUGGGUUCCACCACUCUCAAUGACCGGAGCGAGGUCGAUUGUCCGGAGGGUGACGAGGUUCGGAAAGAGGAGUUGGUGACGGAAUGCCGACGACAAUCGCGUGUAACCAGAGACGUUUAUAUUAUCACAACAGCGUCCAUAGAUGCGCAAUGUGCGGACCCGAUUGGCAUACCCUCGGAGACGCACGAACGUAUAUGUUUCGAGGUUGCUGUUGGCCUGCUGUGGGAUAAUAUCUGUUUUCCUGCGGGGUAUACCUUUGAUUGGAUGGACGUGAGCUACUAUAUGCCUGCAUAUUUCAUCAAUCUCAAGGGCCCGUCGUUGAGGAUAUAUUGUUUCCGUCAUGGAGAAACUGUGAGAGAGCGUACCCGCUUUAGCGCCGACCCGCCGUCUUGUAUACGAUUGACCGCGCUAAUUCAAUGCCCGUACAACAUACCAGAUCCUUUCAGUAUAAAUGUCACUCAGAGACGGCAGGAAAAUAACCUCGGGCGUCCUCAGGAUGGGAAGUUCAGGCAGAGCACAUCUCUUUGGGCUUGUCAUAACAGCGUCUCAUACGGUUCCGAAGCACGGAUCAAGCCAAUGUCUCUUGUGUUUUCGGUGACAGCGCUCGACAAUCUGCGUGCUAGACUGCUAUCCAACGAUUUCGCAUCUCUUUGGCGGGGCCAGCAGGACCCGCUGAUUUUCUCCGCUCUUGCCAAGCUUCUUUCGCCUGCGGCCAUCCCGCAACUCUUUGCAUCGCCGUCACUAGCGUAUCUGGCCUUAUGGAAGGCCGGCUGCGAUUCACUGCUCUCUCUCUCUCUCCGCCUAAUGGUCCGCAGUCCUGCACGCCGCAUCCUCGCCGGGCGAUAUUCAAAUGAUCUGGCUGAGAUGGGCGGCUUCAGAGGCAGGCUUCCCAGUUCUGGUGCUGGCGUACCUGCGCUAGCGAGUAUAGAACCCGGAUCACGGAGUCCUGACAUCAGCCGGGGACAUUUUGCUAGCCUCUUUCGAGAGCAACUGCCCGUUGUGUCCAUUUGGGACUCCGAUUACAAGCCCAUUUCGCGAGACGACGUCCCCGUAGACUGGACACGAGAAUGCAAGAGUGAUUCAUAUAUACCUACUCAAGAAUGUGUGGUUGAUGCGGACCCGGCAAAGGAUCGUCACAGCCACAGUGUACUAAAUUAUUAUAUGACCAUCUGGGCUCCAAUGACGCCAGCGACUGCCAUCACCGCCCAACGUCUACUCAGAUUGAUCAUAUCAAUAUCCGCGCAUACCGCUCGACGUGAAAUCGUCGUCUCGGGGAAAUCGUUUGAGGUGAUGCUUGACACCGGAAGCCAUGACUUCUGGCUGGCAAGUGCAAGCGGGAUCACCAACUAUACCAAUACUUCUGUGUCGGCAACCCUCGACUACUUGCAGGAUACCGGCAUAGCGUCGUCGAUAUCAGGAUUUACUCUCCUCGCGGAUACGCAAUUUGCGAAUUUCACUGUGCAUGAUCAGGCAUUUCUGGCGGAUGUUGUGAAUGCAAGUGCGUUCCUGGAAGAUAUUAAUGCACAUGACGGCUUUCUAGGACUUGCGCCCCCAACUGCAAAUGGGACAAUCAGUUUGGCACUUCAGAAGGCGAACGUGACGGUUAGCAAUGGUUCGAGUAUUCUUGAGAACAUCUUUGCACAGAAUCCCGACGUCGAACCUCAGUUCACGAUGUUAAUGUCCCGGAAUGAUGGCGUGCAGACCACAUCCGGAGGAAUAUUCACCCUUGGAAACCCGCUCCCAGAGUAUGCGAACAUCACCGACCAACCGAUUCUGCCAAUCGUGAACACGACUACAGGGAGGCAGCACUGGACGGUAAUGAUAGAUAGCAUCAUCUUCAACAAUGAUACGAUCCCCAUGAAUUUUUCCGCCGUGCUUGACUCUAGCAUCUUCACCUCGAUGACUGAACUAGCCUUCGUCAUUGGAGGCAUAACAUAUCCAGUGGAUCCGCUUGAUUUAGUAGCUCCAUUCGGAUGGUUCACCAACGGGACGGUCGCCUGCGGUGGUACAUUCGUAACUGUUGAUAAUGGCGACACGAGUCCAACAAUGGUGUUGGGGCAAACAUUCUUGCGAAAUGCAUAUGCGCUUUACAACCUGAAUCCCACGGGCAACGGUAACAAGAAUACGACACUGCCAUUCGUACAGCUACUAAGCGUGACCGACGCGGAGGAGGCUGCUGCGAACUAUACCGCACAGAACAAUGCACGCCUCGAGGCAUAUGCCGCAGCACAUGGUUUCAAGUAUGUCGCACAAUCAUCUUCCCAGGAGUCGCAAAUAAAACAAAUCCGAAGAUGGAUGUUGCUUGUCGGUUUCAUGACAUUUGUUCACCUCAUUAGUCUAUAG